UCGGACCAAGAUGGCGCCCAUAGGCGAGAGAAAAGAGAAUAUGGGUGCGAUAGCGGGUGAUGAUGACGAUAGCGAAGCUCAGAAUCUCUGGGCCACCAUCUUGGGAGAAGUCCAGUCAAGUUCGGCAUCAAAUCUUCCUUCAACAAAAUCAGUAUUAUUACUUGGAGAUAACGAAAGUGGAAAAACAACCCUAGUAGCAAAGUUACAAGGUGUAGAAGAACCAAAGAAAGGGACAGGUUUAGAGUACUACUUCAUAGAUAUCAAAGAUGAAUACAGAGAUGAACAAGCUCGGUUAGGAGUGUGGGUGUUAGACGGUGACCCCAGUCACAACGGUUUACUCAAAUACUGUGUAACAAAGGACAAUUUUGAACAUAAUCUAGUCUUGUUAGUGGCAUCCAUGUCAAAUCCAUGGUCAAUCAUGGAGUCGCUGGAAAAGUGGACGAGUGUUCUCCGAGAACACAUUGACCGACUCAAAAUACAGCACGAGGAUCGAAGAGAAUACGAGGAAAGCUUGGUGAGGUUCUUCCAGGAGUACACAGAGCCAGAGGAGGGUCAGACUUCACAGUCUGUGGCCGCCCCUCGGCGAGACGUGAACCCCCUUCACCCCUCUGCCCCCCAUACAGAGGAAGACAGAGUAUUACUACCCCUCGGGGAAAAUACCCUGUCACAGAACCUAGGUAUUCCAAUUGUAGUGGUCAUUACCAAGACUGAUGCGAUCUCAACACUAGAGAAAGAACAUGACUUCAGAGAGGAGCAUUUUGACUUCAUCCAGCAACACAUAAGGAAAUUCUGCUUGCAAAUUGGUGCUGCCUUAGUAUACACGUCUGUGAAGGAAGAUAAAAACUGUGAUUUGUUGUAUAGGUAUUUUGAACAUAGAAUAUAUGGAUUCCCCUUUUCACAACAGGCGUAUGUUGUAGAAAAAGACAGUGUGUUUGUUCCUACUGGCUGGGAUAAUGAGAAGAAGAUCAAGAUUUUAUAUGAAAACCUCAGCAGCAUGAAGGCCGAGGACUGUUAUGAAGAUGUUAUCGUGAAACCAAUGAUGAGGAAGCCUGUACAACGGGAUGCAGAGGUGAUAGCUGAAGAUGAACAAGUUUUCUUGGUGAAACAACAAAUGCAACUCAGCAAACAGCCAGCCCCUGGUGCAGCUGGAGAGUCGCCGCUACGACCACCAGCAGCCGCAACCAACAAACAGAGCCCGUCACCACGACCAACAACCCCUCAGGCCAGUAGUUCUCCUAAAAAGAGGGUGCUGGACGGCAAGAAUCCUCAGAACACCAGUGAAGGGAUGUUAGCUAACUUCUUUAACAGUCUACUGAACAAGAACACGCGCACACCUGUCCCAACUAAAGCAGGUAGCCCACCAACACCCAGUCGAUUCGCAAUCAAGACUAAAUUGCAUGCCAACAUGGAGCAGGGAAGUUUGAAUUCCUUGUUAAAACAAACGAGAGGUAAACCGUUGAAGGCCCACUCAGACAAGGCUGCUGUUACACGCGACGCCACUGCAGAGCUUGAGAGACUGACACGAUCAAAGAAAACACCAGAAACGAAACCAAAUGGACCUGACAGUGCUGCCUCCUGAUCUUGUACAGGCCUGGGAUGGGAGGACAGCAACUAUCACCAAAGUAUUACAGAUCCACGCCAGCCCACAACAUACGUACAGGCUUUCGACAAUAUCAAGUUUUCUUUGGCGAGUUUCUUGAAUUUAUCUUCAGCCAUUUCAUCAGUGUUGUGUUCAAAAUGACUGGCACAAAGACCCGCAGACUUGUCCGUAGUUAAUGAAUGGGUUGUAUUUGUCGGGCCCAACUAUUGUGACAGUUUGGGGUCCACAAACAAUGCUGUAAUAUGCUGGUGUGUGUAUCUGUAACAGCUUCCGGCCGUGUGUCUGAAAUCUGUGAUGCGAUCCAAGUACGCGUACAUACAAGCUUGUACAUACCUACAUGACCCAUGAAACUAUUCUACAUUAUCUUAAAUUAGAAACAGGAAAGUCCUAACAAAAUGUUACGGUGUUAAACAGUCACUUCUAUUGGUGGCAAGUUGGUUAAAGCCACUUUGAUUAUACAGGGUGUAUGUUGAGUAAAUAAUGUACAAUAUUGCUUGAGGAAUUUUGCGUCCCAGUAUGUGGAGACCAUGUAACCCACAGUAUACAAUUAAAGGCUAGGACACCUGUACUUGCAGAUUUUGUAGAAUGUGUUAUUAUUAAUGCUACCAUCUUUUCGUUGGGUCCAUAUGUAAUGGGUAUAUUCCUGUCAGGUCACUUGAGAUGUGCAUAAUAUUUACUGCCCUCUUUGGUGAUUUUGAUGCAAGUUUUCAUGCUUGAAAAUAAAAAUAAAAAGAAAGACAGGUAUACUUUCUUUAUAUAAGUUAUAAAAAAAAAUGUACAGUGUUGUAAAUUUUUAAUGUUUAUCGAGGUAUGCAUGUGCUAUUUAUGUCCCCAGAAAUAAACAAAUUAUUAUAUGAUAAAAAGACUGAUGACUGUGAAGCUGUAAUUACCCACUGUUAUGUGAUACACCACCCUGUACAUGUUGUUCUAUUUAUUUAUGUGUGUAAAGAUGAGAUAUGGCAUAUUACUCCCUUGUUUUAAACAAGUUUGGCACUCACUGUUUGUAAGUCAGGAAAUACUUGGUAAUGGAUUUGUGUCAUACAUGUUUGACAGAGCUAUUUGAUGUUUGUGAAGGGGGAUAGUGUUCCUGAGAUAUCAUAAGUUUCUAGGUCACUGUUCCAUAUCUUCAUUAAUGGAUAACAGACAUGGAUACAAGAUUUCAGUCUAAUUUAGUUCUAUUAGAUGAACACAACAUCAUUUGACAUGGAUUUCCCAUUUCCCAGAUUGCUCAAAUAUAUAUCAGAACUUCAAGUCACCUGUACACUUUCAUUAACUUAAUCAACUGUACUGAUAAAUUAAGCUAAAAAAUGUUUUCAAAUAUUUCUUGAUUUACGACACAAUAUGCUUAUAUUGGCUUGUAUGAUUUUUCAUGACCACAUCGUUUGACAUAUUCCAUUCUGUUACACAAUAUUACACGUCCAAUUCACAAAGUUAGCGCUUGGUACAUAUAAA